AAAGUAUUAGAGAAUGCAACAUUUGUCAUUUACUGAGGAGUAUGGACUGUGGAGCUUUCAAGUUUUAGCGUACUUUGUAGUCGUAUAGAAUAAUAUAGAUUUAAUUGGAAUAUUAUAGUGUCUGCGUGUUACUCAGAUUCAAUUAUCUAUAAAAUUUGAUUCAAUUUUCAAUGAUCCUUACUUUUUAGGUUUUUACAACACAAUUGUAAUAAUUUAUGAUAUUUAUUAGAUAGAUUCCGAAGUCAUUUUUCGACGACGAGCUUGUAUACCAUUGCUGGUGUUGCAGAAUAAUGAAAUUUAAGUUCCAUUAAAAUAACCAAAUUAAUAAACUGUAACUCAUUACCAGAGUUAAAUUAUGUCUUUCGAUGAUGGGGUACAAGCAACCAACUGUGACGCAACAAAGUGCAAGUAUUCAGCUGUGAAGAUGGGCUAUUGGCAAGAUGAUUUUAUACAGUAUUUUGUUACUGGCUAUGAACGUAAAACACCAGAGAUUAAUCGAGGAUAUUAUGCACGUACCAAAGGUGUCGCCAUGUUUAUGGACAAAUUUCUCAAGAAAACUGGGUCAAAUUGUCAAAUCAUAAACCUUGGUGCUGGGUUUGACACUCUAUACUGGAGAUUGAAAAAUAGUGGAAUAACCGUUAAUAAUUAUAUUGAAAUAGACUUUGCUUCAGUUACGUCCAAAAAAUGUUUUUUAAUCAAAAAGAGUAAAAUUUUAUUACAGACCAUUAGCCAACAAGAGGAUGAAGUCAAAAUCAUAGGACCAGAUUUACAUGCACCUGAUUACCAUAUAAUCGGCACAGAUCUUCGAAAUCUGACAGAACUAGAUAAGAAAUUAACUCAAAGCGGCAUCAAUUUUGAUGUACCAACAAUGUUUUUAACUGAAUGUGUUCUUGUCUAUAUGGAGCCAGAAAGUUCAUCAAUGUUGUUGCACUGGAUUGCUAAGAAAUUUAAUGACAUUUUUUUUAUUAAUUAUGAACAAGUGAACAUGAAUGAUAAUUUUGGACGUAUAAUGCUCGAUAACUUACGCAGUAGAGGGUGUCAGUUAGCUGGUGUUGAUGCAUGUUUAAGCCCCCAAACGCAGAUGGAUAGGUUUGUAAGAGUCGGUUGGGAUAGUGCCAGAAGUUGGAAUAUGAUAAAUGUAUAUGAAUACUUGCCCGAAGAAGAUAGAUAUCGUAUGGAAAGAUUAGAAAUGCUAGAUGAACUAGAACUACUCCAACAAUUGUUACAACACUAUUGUAUUACAAUAGCUUGGAAAGGCAUAACCAUGGCAGACGUUGAUCAUUUAUAGCAGUUACAGCGGCAGGUUAUGAAUGACAUGGCUCAUAACCUGCACAUAGGAUGUUGAACAAAAUUACAUCCAUUUUUAAAUUACAUCUCAUCAUUGUCUUGUUUUUUUUAAUUCAUCUCAUUAAAUAAUAUUAUGAUUUAUGUUA